AUUUUCUUAAAUUGUUCCACUUAAAUUAAUCUAUUGCUUUAGUUCGUAAUCAAAUCGAGAGAAAUUAAUUUCCACAAUUAGAAUUGAUUUAAUGUCCCCUGGUGACGUGGAAGAGAAAGAAAGAGAAACAUAUGAGAGAGAAUCUGAACCGAUUGUAUUUCCAUCUAAUGUUUUGGUGACCGGUUGGAAUUAAUUUCUUUGAUUGUGGCUAAUUGUUUAUUCUAUUGAUUAAAAUGGUUUUACUCGCCAGUGCCAUUGUCUCCAAACAGAAUGGGAAAAUUUUGGUUUCUAGACAAUUCGUUGAAAUGACAAGAUCUAGAAUAGAAGGUUUGUUAACAGCAUUCACUAAGUUAAUUACCAAAGAUAAACAACAUACAUUUAUAGAGACUGAUGCGGUUAGGUAUGUGUACCAAGCAUUGAUGGAUAAAUUGUAUUGUGUUCUAAUUACAACCAAAACAUCAAAUAUAUUGGAAGAUUUGGAAACUCUACGGCUGUUUGUUCGUGUAAUCAGUGAAUAUACCUCUAAUCAGGGUAAAACUUCAGAUGAACAGGCAAUUCUUGAUAAUGCUUUCACUCUUAUUUUUGCAUUCGAUGAAAUCGUUGCUCUUGGUUAUCGGGAAAGUGUAAAUAUGUCUCAAGUUCGUACAUUCAUUGAAAUGGACUCACACGAGGAACGGGUUUAUGUCGCUGUCCGUCAAACUCAGGAAAGAGAGGCUAAACAAAAGAUGAGAGAAAAGGCCAAGGAAUUAUCCAAACUUCAGCGAACUCAACAACUUUCCAAAUCAUCGAUGCCUUCAAUUUCAUCUUCUUCCAAUGCUUCUUCUGUCCUCGACAAACCGGAACCAGUUGUCGGUGAUCGAGCAUCAAGUGCAUAUUCAAGUACCACUAGUGCUCCCGUUGUCAGAUCUAAGGGACCAUCACGGGCACUUAAACUUGGCUCGAAAGCCAAACAAGCCGAACUAUUUGCUGCUGUAAACGAGGAGCAAUUAGCAAAUGAGUUGAAAGAAGAGGAACCCAAUCAACCAAUCCCCAGCAGUAAUACAAUCGGUGGCUACAAAAAUGAUGAUAUCGAUAUUGAUUAGCUAAUUAAGGAGAAAGAAAACCAUUUUGAUCUGUAAUUCCCUUCUAAUCAAAUUGUAUUUUCUUUUCAGUGUAUAAGUUAAUCACAAGAAUCAUCAUCUCCACCCAACGAUAACCCUUUGAUUUUUUAAAAAGUAUUAUCAUAACUUUAA